AUAAGAUUGUUUGGCAGGAGCACCUAAAGCAAAGACGCCCCUGGUGGUAAUUGUCAACUCUAAAAGUGGAUUGGUCCUAACCAUAACGCUCUUUUCUUGGACAUUGAUCACGGUGGUAGUGACAGCGAUUGCGGUGUUAUUGAUCAUUUACACCAAAGAUUUGAUCAAGGCUAGACGAGGGAAGUACACCCAACUUGGAUGAAUUUUAAUGAGUCAUUGAUUCGAUAAAUACACAUACGUAUGUAACACUCAGCCUACAAAGCUAUACCUAAGUGCGACGGAAAUCCAGUUUCGUUAUCUUUUCUCAUCAGUGUGGAGUUCAAAAUGAAGUUCAAUAACAAGUCGUUGACAAUAUGUUGGCUCCUAACUUUCAUAUCUACCGUGAAUGCAUUGAAAUUAAGAGUGCUGAAAAUUCAAAUGGCAGAUGUAAAAGGGGCCGGGAUGGAUGGAGGGGUGUGGCGAGUCAUGUUUCUAGGUGGUGGGCGAUUUUCCAUCGAUGUUUGCUCUGGAUCUAAUCAGGCCUGUUGCUCAAUAAACCAUUUGAAUACCAAGGAUGACAAUUGGCAGAGAGGUGAAGUCAACUAUUUUGUGGGAUCUCAACUAGGCCCUUGUGCUGAUUUUGACCUAGACCCAUCUGGAGUCACAUUGACCUUAUGACAUGAAGGCCCAGACGGAGGGCAUGUGAGCUCCAUGACCUUAUCAGGUUCCUACCCAUCAAGUUCCAUUUAUACAUGUCUAAUUGACAAAAAAUUAGACGACGAAGAGUAUUUUUCGACAUGUUGUGAGAAAGCAGUACAAGAUCUACCGAAAAAUCAUUGCAACGGACAUCCAAGCUUCUGCGAUCUCACCUAUGAUAAAUUUACAUUUCCUGGAGCUCAUAAUGCAGGAACUGGUCAGCACAGCAGUAUUACAGAUUGUGCCUUGCGGAAUCAUGACUUAAAUAUCCGGGAACAACUUGAUUUUGGGCUGCGCUUUUUUGACUUUGACGUCAUUUACAGUCAUAAUCUAGCUAAUUGUGACGGUCUUGAGAGUGGACAUGGCAAAGUACCGGAUUUGGGCUUGUACGUUUGCUUCGGCUCGGUUCGAGAAAUAUUUCGACAAGUGUCCGAAUGGAUGGUGGAACACCCCAGAGAAGUGGUCACCCUUUACUUUGGAGAACUUCAAUACGAAACCGAAACAUAUGGUUAUCUCCAAAGCGAAAUCCUCAACCAGUUUGGCAUGGAAGAUUCCCUUGUGAAACUGAACACUCGUCACAAAACCCAAGGCGGAUGGCCAACCUUGGGAGAAGCCAUCGAAACCAAUCAAAGAAUCUUCGUUUUCAUUCGAUCCGAGCUGGUGCCUCCCAACAUUCCAGGGAUCAUUCAAGAAGUUCAAGUCACCAUCAGUAAACCUAAUCUCGACGGUCCAUCUGGGUCCGUCAAGAUUCUCAGCACAUUUAACUCAAGGAGUAUCGACGAUAACUGUCACGCUGUGAUCGACAACAACAAAGAAGCGUGCCCCGCGCAAAGCGAGUUAACAAAAGUGGCCGUAUUUGGAACGUUCCUGAAUUCGGGCUUGGACUGCAUUUGGGAGAUUGCAAGGAAGUGCAAUCCAAGGGCAAUGGAAGCCAUUCAGGCCUGCCUUGAAUUCAAAACGAACGUCAACUUUGUGCAGGUGGAUUUCCCCAACUAUCCAGCUCUUUCCUCCGUUCAACUCAUUGAUUACAUCCAUGAGUUGAACUUGGCUAAAUUGACUUGAACGCCCUACAAUCCACCAAAGAAAAGAAAUCCCGACUGAAAUGAAUGGCGGGGACUCUCGGUGAAGAUUUGAACGAUCAUGGGAAUUUCAUAUGCUAUGUGACAUCGUGCUGAGAAUGGAUUUGCUUUGUUUUGGCGCAAGACUCCAAAGUCUUUACAGACCAGUCAAAAUUCAGGAAGACAGAAAGGCAAUUGUGCGUGACUGAAUAAUCCAAGUGGACUGUUGUGGAUGACGAUUAUGAACCAACCC